UCGAGGCUCGCUACGGUUGUCGGAAAUGUUCUGCGAUGAGAUUAUGUUGGAAUAGUGAAGAGAUCGGCUUCGAGAGGUCGUGGUGAGUUCUGAUACCUGAUACCAAAACAUAGUGUACAACAGUGAAUUAUUAUUGUGAUUUAUAAUUCAUGAUAUUUAAGAAAACUUUUUUGGACUUAAUAUUCAAAGUUGCGGUAAGUUUUAAUCGUAUGGCCGAAAACAAGUCGCCGUGUUCGAAGGAGCGGUGCACACAAUAAACUUACGAACAUGUAUAAUGAACAGAUAUUUUAUGUGAAUUCAUCAAGCGACUUCAACCGCACAGUUAAAGAGAAUGUGUUUGUGUUGGGAAGCAAUUCAACGGAAAACGAAACUCAAUAUUCUUUGCAGCACGACGAAUUUAUAUUCGACAGAACAGAUGUUAGAGCUAUAUUUAUCACGCUGUACACGAUAGUAUUCUGUUGUUGCUUUUUCGGAAAUCUUCUCGUUAUUCUUGUGGUGACUCUGUCGAGACGGCUGCGAUCUAUCACAAACUUCUUUCUGGCCAAUCUAGCGGUGGCCGAUUUAUGUGUCGGCGUGUUUUGUGUCUUCCAGAACUUGAGUAUAUAUCUUAUACCUAGUUGGGUGUUCGGAGAUUUCCUGUGCAAGAUGUACCAGUUCGUCCACUCUCUCAGCUAUACUGCGUCAAUAUUCAUUUUGGUUGUCAUUUGCACAGAGAGAUAUUUUGCCAUCAUACAUCCCAUAACAUGCAAACAAAUAUUAACCUCGACGAGACUCAGAAUGGUGAUAGUUGGUGUAUGGAUCACUAGCGCAGCGUACAGUGCACCCAAAUUUAUUUGGGUCGAAACAAUCACAAAUGAUCUUGGCAAUGGUCACUUGGAAACAAUUUGUAUUCAACACAGAAUGAAAUACAACUCGGAAGUGUUCGACAUGGUCAACUUUGGUCUACUGUACGUCACUCCUCUCUGCGUAAUGACGGUGCUUUAUACACGUAUUGCAGUAGGGUUGUGGCAAAGUUCGAAAGGCCUCAGGCAGAUGGGUCACGGUCAGUGCUGCGCCACACAGUGUCCACGAACUGAUAAACCAUCGGGCAACUGCGAACCGCAGAGAACUUUUGUCGGAACACAAGAAACAAAAGGUAAUCAGUCAUCAACAUCAACAGUGAGGUCGACCGCAUCCUCCCACAGCCAUGAGUCGAGGAACUGCCGCCACCUAAGCCACCUGUCGAGGAACGUGCUGCGAGCUCGUCGAGGCGUGGUGCGGAUGUUGAUAGUCGUCGUGCUAACAUUUGCCGUCUGCAACCUGCCCUUCCACGCCCGCAAGAUGUGGCAGUACUGGUCCAGCGGUUACGAAGGCACGAGUGACUUCAGCGCCCUCCUAACUCCCCUCACGUUUCUGAUAACGUACUUCAAUUCGGGCAUUAAUCCGUUACUGUACGCCUUUCUAUCAAAGAACUUCAGAAAAGGGAUGCGAGAGUUACUCCUGUGUAGCUUGCAUGCCAAGCGAAAAAGUGAAAAUGUAAUAUUACUGAAUAGAGUCGGCGGUGUUGGGUUGCGGAGGAGUUCAACGAGAUCAACCCGCGCCAACUGUAGCACGAUCACCAUGGCACCAAACGGCCAUGGAGAAUCAUGAGGGUUACAUAGACGUGGCCUGCUUUGCCGUGGGGUCACCUCCGAUGUAUCCUGAUGGACACAGAGCUCCGGCACCGACGAGGUGACCGACAGUAGUAGCCUCUACACCGUAUCUACCAUAACAUGCGAGAAACAUUUAUAUGAUUAACAGUGAGGUGAAUAACUUACCAGUAGGAAGCUCCUUUGCACAGGAUGCCGGCUAGAUUAUGGGUCCACAACAGCCAUGAAGCAGUAAUGUGUAAGCAUUAUUGUAUUUAGGGCACCGUAGCUAGUGAAAUUACUGGCCAAAUGAGAAUUAUCAUCUUAUGUCUCUGGUGACGAGCGCAAUUGUAGUGCCAAGAAUCAUCAGCUGAACGUCCUGCUAGUCUCGUCCCUUAGUGUCGAAACGCUCUCGCCGCCACUCGAGCUUUACGAAUGUGUUUAGACUGUUACGUGAUACAUUAGUGUUGUGUUUGGAUUUUAGUAUUAUUUAUGAAACUUAUAGAAAUUAAGAUUAUUAAUUCACAUUAAAAUGUGCAACUGUUAUAAAGUUAAGCAUAUAUAAAAACAGAACUUGUUAUAUACGACAAAAUACUUAUCUAUACUAAUAUUAUAAAGCUGCAGUGUUUGUUUGUUUGUUUGAACGCGCUAAUCUCUGCUACUACUGGUACGAUUUGAAUGAUUCUUUCAGUUGGGUAGUCCAUUUAUCGAGGAAGGCUAUAGGCUAUGUUUUUUUUUUCAAAAUUAGGGAUCCGUAAUAAAAUUGCUAUUUUGUAACACAAGGUGUAAAAUCGAAAACCUAUUUUUGCGUGCGCUGCAAAAACUAUUGACAAUAGAACAAAAUGAUGUACAGGCUAUAAUAUAGGCAAUAUUUUAUUACUUAUAAAUUUAUCACGUGAAUUAUACUUUAUAUGGCAAAACAACGUUUGCCGGGUCAGCUAGUUGUACAUAAAUCUGAUAACAGUAGACCUUAGAUAGAAUUUAAUUUAUCAAGAUGCUAAUUAUAAAGUUUGUAAAUUAUGUGUUGUAAAUACAUUUAAUUCAAUCUGUAAAUCAUUGUAUGUAUAGUUUUUAUUGAAAUUAAUUCAAAUAUAGAUUAUUGUUAUUG